AAUAAAAAAUUUGCCCUCAGUCCAUCAAAACUCCCAUUUCAACUCCUUGUCUGUUCUGCUUUUGAAGGGCUCUCCUCACAAUCGCCCCGGUUCGAGGAAGAGCGAUAAUAGAACUUUGUAAUAGUGGAUUGGAUUCAAAGAUUUGACAUUUUUCGUCUCUUCUUCUACUUUUCUCCUAAUUUAUCCCUUUCUUCUUCCCUUUUUCCCCUUUCUUCCAAACUCCCCUCAUGGAUUUCGCUUUGAUUUUUCGUUGAACAACCUUAAGAUUCAGUGGAUUUUCUUUUGCCUCUCUCUAAUUUUCUUUCCUUUCCUUGUUUGUUUGAUGGGUAAGAAGAAACCCCAGAAAACUAAGGAGAUUGCAGUCGCCAUAGCUGAAACCUCCGCCUCCAAAUUAGCCGAUGAUGGUAUCGGCCAAUCGAUACAGCCCAGAAAAAGGGGCCGACCUCGUAAGGUUCUCGAUGAACCACAGAACAAACAGGAGAACAAGAAACUGCUGCCGCCGCUGCCGGAAGUUGCAGAGAAUCCACCGGAGAAGAAAGCUAAAACCACCGUGGAUCAACCGCCGCCGGGUUCCAUGGAAGAAGGUUCAAAACAAGGAGAACCCAAAACAGGAGAUGGUUCGAGAAGCAGGGGAAGGCGAAAGAACAAACCCAGAAAAAGUAGCUAAUUGGUAAUUAAAAAAAAUUAUGAUUUUUUUUUUUUUUUUUUGGGGAAUUUUAGAAAUCUAAAAACCUGAAGAAAAAUCUCUGGUUUUUGUUCCUUUGAUUUUUGUGGGCAAAUUGUAUUGUUAUUGUAUUUGAUGGGAUUGGUUUUUGGUAUUCAUUUUGGUUUUUGUUCAUUCAAAAUUUCAAACACAAAAGAAGUUGAACUUUGGAUUGGAAAUUUCACUUUAAAAUUAAUGUUUGGUUGUUUCUUUCA